AUGGACACGCCCGACCGGAAGCUCAUGUGUGCUGCCCGGGUCGCGAAGCGCUGCGACGCGCAGCUGAGCAGCGACGCGCCCCCCGACGUAGACGGGUCAUGGCGCUUCAAGCUCUGGGCGGAGCCGGACGCUGAAGCUCUGGCCAUUGCAAAGAAGCGCCUUCCGGAGCAGGAUCCUGGCGCCCCCAAGUACGUUCACAAGCCGUCGCUGUCGGAGCUCGUGGGCACCGCGCAGCUCAACCUCAAGGCGCGCUACGAGGACCUGCCCGCGCAAGCGUCGAAGCAGGCCUUCGCCGCGCUGGACGCCCACUUCUCCGAGGAGGACGCGUCGCGUCGCGCGAAGAAGAAGCUCGAGUUCGUCCUGAACCCGUACGGCACGCUCAACGCUGGGAGCGAGGCCGCCGCCGUCGACAUCGGGACCAUGUACGGGUGCACCCCGCAGGAAAUCAUCGAGCGCGCCGCAGACGAGACGCAGGUCUACAAGAUGCUGCAGGAGUUCGCGGCCAAGGCAGGACAGUCCCUCACGACGGUGUGCAAAAAGCUGGUGGCUCCCGGCAGCCCCCUCAUGACCGCGAUCGGCUUGAAGGUCCGCCUCCUGAAGGCGGUUGUUCGCGAGGGCAGCGCCCUGGCCCCGCGCGGCGGCGGGUCGCCAGAGGGGCUACCACGAGAGGGCGGCGCGGGCACACCGGAGGCGGGGCAGGCCCUGGUCGCUCAGCCACGGCAGGGGGCUGCUCGGCUGGCCAUGAAGGAGACGCUCGAGGCGCUGCGCUGCGCGGCGACGGAGAUCGAUUCUGCGCGCGCAGUGCGGGCGCACGUGUUUCACGCCAAGGUCGCAGCGCUGACGACCGAGAUUCAGGCACUCAACGCCGCCAUGGAUCGGUUCCAUCACGCCAAGCUCACGGCCGUGAAGCUCUCCACCGUGGAGGACCUCGACCACACGCAGCUGUCGUCGUUCGAGCGCAUGGAGCGGAUGGCAAUCGGCAGCAUCAGGGACGCGCGGAUGCGGGCCGACGACGUCCGCGAAUCUCUCCUCGCGCUGGAGAAGAAGUUCCACGAGCAGGACGUCGCCGACGAGCGCAAGGGCAAGGAGAUCGCCGCGCGCAUGGCCGACCUGCGCAAGGCGCUGUUUGGCGUCUGA